AUGUUCUUUAGAGUCUUCAUUUUACUUUCAGGUGACGGCUUCCGGGGUGCCGAGCAAGGGGCAAUGACAAUGCAUUGUUCAGGGUGCAUUAGAUAUGUAACUGUGUUCCUGCUCUCUGCGGCUGUCCUUGGAUUGACAGCCAACUUUGCAAGAUUAUUCUGCAUAUCAAUCUUAUAUGGACACCUGAAUGUCUUCUUAGGAGAUUUUGUUAUCUUUGCCCUGAUUCCACCCAUAGCCACUAUCUCUGCAUUUCUGUGGAUAAUGCAGUUCUCGCAGCCAAAGGUGGAGGUGACACUCCCCAUUGUGAUUGGUGUACUAUGGCUAGACUGGUUUGGGGAACUUCCAGGAUACCCCAUUCAAGCUAUAUACCCGCAAGCUCUGAUGUAUGGAGGCUGUGUUACCUAUGCCAAAAGUCUCCAAGGCAGCGUGCUUUCCCUGAAGUGGCAGAAUCCUGUUCCUUCUCUUGCUCACAAUGUGAAAGUUAACCACGGUUUUCACCGUGAACGGACGUCUGUGUUACUUCGUCCUGCUAGCCUGGACUGGUAUCACUCAGAUAGACGUUACUUGAAGGAGCAAUGCAAGUUACGUUCUGCUCUAGUAAAUCCAUCACAAUUGCCCGGUGCACCGCCCCAAUAUGAUCAUUUGCAUGCUGGGGGCUACCUAUCUCUUGAUUCUCCAACUCCAGCCUUACCCGCCAUGGGCAUUCAGGCAAUAAAGGAACACUGUACACGAGUUAGCGUCGAAGGCUUCUAUGGUGGGCUCAAGCACUUCGCUCAAUAUGGACCAGAUUACCAAAGGGUAUUGGAUUGCUACCUGGGGACUAACAAAGUGCACAAUGAAGCUUUAGUACAAAUUUGUGGUGAUGUUGGGGACCUUCCUGGGCUGGAGAUGUUCAAGAUCCACCCCGUCAUCUUCGACUCCGCGAUACAUAUCCUGGUCCAUCCGAUUUUUACCCAUCUCACCAACAAAACCUUGUAUUAUCUUCCUUCUCAUCUGCAAAAACUGACAAUCUAUGAAACACUUACUACAUCCCCAUUCCCACGGUCUCUCUAUGCUCAUGUUGUUUUUUGCCAGUUGACACCUGUGAAAUCUCUGGUAUAUGAUGUUGCCCUUCUGAAUGAAGACGGAAAUCAUCUAUGCACGAUGCAAUCAUUCAAAGUUGCUCUCCAUGGGGAGUCAUCUCUAUAUGAGCCGAGAUGUCGCUUCGAUUUAGUGUAUGAGCCCAUCACACUCAACCUGUCUUUGUGCCGUUACCUGACCCCGGAAGAACUUACAGCAGAUGACCAAACCAGAAAUAGCUCAAUGGACCUAGUGGCCACAGAUGCUGGAACUUCCUCAUCGUUGUCAUUGCUCAACGUUAUUACUUAUGAGCAUGGAAAAGAGAUGGAACUUCAGCCGAUAUUAUCUGCAUGGGAUGCCAAUGUUCCAUGCUCCAUCUAUUUUACGGCAUGCACUGGUUGGGACGGGGAUGGGGCUGUUGGAUUCAUGCGAUCCUUAUGGAAGGAAUACCUUUUGUGGACAAUUUGGGCUGUGGUGUUCAACUUGAUUGUUGUUAAUGAUAUCAAUGGCAUUGAUGUCGACAAAAUUCAAUUCAAACCAACUAAUCCUCCUGCCACAACCUAUGGCAUGUCUGUUUUCUCUCUCCCGAACUGCUGUUACGACUGGUUCAUCAAGUUGAAGGCUAGCCUAGAACCUACAGUCAAUCUUGUUCUCUCUCCAAUGCCUGACAUUGGCUCUCUAUCUCUCAAUCCUCGCCUCCAUGACAACUAUGAUGGUGACAACAGGCAACAGUAUCAAUUCAACACAAACCAGCAACUUUCAGGCCAGUUGAAUCUUCUAGGCGGUAUGACACCAUCUCCUCUCAAGAUGAAGCCCACCCGUGCUGGUCUUCCCACCAUAACAUCUGCUCUUGCUCCUUUGACACCUAACCAAAAUACUGAAGAUGAGGUUAUACCAACCGCCAUCGUCGUCAAGAACAUUCCUUUCAAUGUCAAGCGCGAGACCCUCCUAGAUAUUAUUACUUCUUUGUCUAUUCCUACUCCCUACACAUUCAACUACCACCUGGAUCAACAAGGCUCUUUUCAUGGUCUCGCUUUUGCUAAUUUCCCACAAGCAGCAGAUGCUGACGCAGUUGUGGCUGCUUUGAAUGGAUUUGAUGUUCAAGGUCAUAAGCUUUGUGUCAAGUACAAGAAAGCUAUUAGGCGAAUGCGUUCCAUGCAACUCGAAAAGGAGCAACAACAGGCAGUUCACCAAGCAUACAAUGAUUUUGGUCCCAUCACAUCCCCCGCUUUCACCUGGCAGCGAUCCUUCUCUUCUGGUGCCUAUCAACAACAACAGUACUCACCUCCGCCCAUACCUCAUCUUCCAAUCUCUCAGCCAUUUAAUCCCGCCACAUCUCCUCCAAUUGCCCCUGCGACACCAAAUCCAUCAGAGAAGUCUUCAUCCCCUAAUGAACUGGAUCUAAACGAUCCUUCUACUUUGGAAAUCUAUUCUCGCAUCUUACUUUUCAAGGACAACAGAAUGAGGGACGAACUCACAUUUUCGAGGACACUUUCACCCAAGCAGAGAAGGGUCCUUCACCUGAUUGCCCGGAAGUUGGGUGUGUAUCACUAUUCAGUUGGAGAAGGCGAUGAAAGGUACACCAUCAUAACUCGCAUCGAUCCUAACAGGCACCGUCUAGAGUUUGAGUUGGCAUUUGCAGUGGUGUUGGCGUUAUUAGAAAUGCUGCUGGCACUAUUGGUAUUUGGAGACAUGUUAGAUGAAGACGCGUUAGAACAACGGCAUUAUCGAAGUUGGCUGGAUGUUGAUGGUCUGGCUUCUAACUUCAUCCAAUUCCUGCCAGGUGUCAUGCAGCCAUCUAGCCAUCUCAUCCAGCUCUUAUCUGUGCCUGCUGGCAGUUUUGGUUCAUACUGGCUUGAGCUGCUUGUGUGGCGUUCAAUUGAAGUUUGUGCAGCGGCUCACACUUGGUUUAUGCUGAACAUCAAGAUCUAUUGGAAGCAACAGACCGGCCCCUUCAUCAACCCUCACUCCCUCUUCGUCAAUGAGGAAUCUGCAGCAGGAACUCCCCUGUAUUUCAAUUUGGUGGAUGGAUACGAUACUGUUAUCAAGCUCGCACAGGAGACAUGGGGCAUGUCUGGCGUCUUCUUUACCAAUCACCCUGACCUGUGUCGCAUACUGACAGACUAUGGCUUCGAGGGUCAUCUUCUCCAAAAGGACUUUCCAUUAUCGGGCUACAUUGAAGUCCGCUACGAUGAAGAGAGGAAAUGCGUCGUUUACGAACCUCUGCAAUCGACGCAGGCUUUCCAAAACUUCGAGUCCCUAUCACACCCUGGGGGCCUGCAGAGCUCGAGCCUGUUCCUCCACCUGAACAGCCUCUGA